GAGCUGGAGGAGGAGGGAGGGGGCUAUAUUAGGCGAGAGCAAAAAUGUGAAGGUGGAAUUCAAGUGAGCAGCGUCGUUUUCUGGUCUCUAGUAUCUGUUUCAUUUGAGGAAAAAUAAUAAUUAUAAUAAAAAAAAAAAAACAGGGGACAUUCGCACAGCGGGAGCUUCAUUUGGAUCUUACAGCUGAUUACGGGAAUAAUCCUCGCUAAGAAUUAUUUGUUUAUAUUUGUGUAUCCCUCUUUCUACCAGUGUCUACCUUCACAUGUAAUUGAAAGCAGCGGUGCCGAGAGUGAGGAUUACAAUUCGCGGUUGCAGGAUAUUAUUUUAUUAACUACAAUGUGAAUAUCUCCACGCGGUUUAUGGGAUUAUUUUGGUCGAAGCAGCUUUGGUUUGGAUAAGAACGCAUUGGGCAUCAUGAGUUCCAGUGCUCAUCGACAAGUCUCAACACUCAGUGAGCGGAGCUCUGAACCAAUCCGGUGCCAGCGGUGUCGAGAACCAUGCAAAGGGGAAGUGGUUCGGGUCCAAGACAUUCACUUUCAUGUCAAGUGCUUCACCUGCACAGUGUGUAACUGUGACCUGGCACAAUCUGGCUUCUUCCAGAAGAAAGGCGAGUACAUUUGCACGGCAGACUACCAGCGUUUAUACGGCACACGCUGUGACCGUUGUGACAGCUUCAUCACAGGAGAGGUCGUCUCCGCUCUGGGACGCACGUACCACCCCAAGUGCUUUGUCUGCAGUGUCUGCAGCAAACCUUUCCCAAUAGGAGACAGGGUGACGUUCAGCGGAAAGGAUUGUGUGUGCCAGCAGUGCUCCCACACACUUGUCAAGUCAAAUGAGCCCAUCAAGAUCCACGGACCCAGCCACUGUGCAGGAUGUGGAGCGGAGAUCAAACAGGGUCAGUCUCUCCUGGCAUUGGAGAAACAGUGGCAUGUCAGCUGCUUCAGAUGUCGGACGUGCAACAUGGUUCUCACUGGGGAGUACAUCAGCAAGGAUGGAGUGCCAUACUGUGAAGCAGAUUACCACGCCCAGUAUGGGGUGAAAUGUGAAACGUGCAACAGAUACAUUAGUGGACGGGUUCUAGAGGCAGGAGGGAAGCAUUACCAUCCGACAUGUGCUCGAUGCGCCCGCUGCAACACAAUGUUCAAAGAAGGGGAAGAAAUGUACCUGACAGGUUGUGAGGUGUGGCACCCAUUAUGCAAGCAGGCAGCAAGGGCAGAGAGAAGACUUAGGCACAGACGCCUGUCAGAGACCUCCAUCUCACCGCCAGGAUCCUCCAUAGACUCUCCCAGCAGAGUUAUAUGUGCCAGAGUGGAGAAUCAGAUCUUUGAUUAUAAGGACCUUGCAGCCCUGCCAAAGGUCAAAGCCAUAUAUGAGGUCCAACAGCCAGAUCUCAUAUCCUCCUCAUACCAGCCAUACCACAGAUACGCCUCUGAUGAAAGGCUAGACACUUUCAGCUAUGGGGAGUCCCUUGGGAAUCUUUCUCUGUAUUCUCAGGACUAUGACAAUCCGGAUGCAAAGCAGCAUCGGUGCUCCAUUCCAGGUUAUAUUGACUCCCCAACUUAUAGUCGUCAAGGCAUGUCACCCAUCAUGCCUCGCUCUCCACAGCACUUUGUCUACCCUGGCUCUGAGAGUGGCAGGAGUUCGCCCUAUUAUGACCAAGAUGGGCGAUCAAGCACACCCACCACAAACCAGCCCCCUAAACAUUUUCAUGUUCCAGACAAUUACAUUGAAACAGCUACUAAAAGCAGAACAAGUGAGGAUAUCAUCCGAUCCUCCAGCCUGUCCACCUACUCUCCAGAGCCAUACACGCAGUCUGAGUCUGACUAUUACCCAUAUGCCAGCUCCCCAAGAGCCUAUUGGGCGCCAAGGCGACGCUUCUCGAUGGGAGGAGAUGAAGAGAGUUGGAGUCAGGGUCUUCAAAGAAUUGGGAGUGGCAUUGGACGGAUGAUCCUCAAAGAGGAGAUGAAAGCGAGAUCUGGUUCUUAUGACAACGAUCCCUGGGGCAGCAUGAGGAAUUCUCGUUGUGGGAGCAAGGAAACACUGAACACGACAGGCUAUGGCACCACGGCAUACAACACCAUAAACGGCUCACCAAGAUCUCAGUACAGCACUGAUAGUGAUUUUGGUUGCAAGUCAGCAUCACUACCAGGAUAUGGGCGCAAUGGUAUUCAGCGGCCUCAGAGCGCAGAUUGCUACCAGUAUCAGUAUGAUGCCGGUAGCGAGGUCAACUGGGGAAGUAGAGCUGAGUAUAAGAUUUAUCCAUAUGAAUCGCUCAUUGUCACCACCAGAGGGCGGAAUAAGCUGCCUAAAGACGUCGACAGAGCGAGACUGGAACGCCACCUGUCCCCAGAGGAGUUUGUCCAAGUGUUCGGGAUGACCAUUGAGGAUUUUGACCAGUUGGCUCUGUGGAAGAGGAAUGAGCUGAAGAAACAAGCUCGACUCUUCUAGUUACAGCUGGAUGUUUACUUAAUACUGCCACAAACAGAACCGGACACUGACUGUAGAUGGGACCAUGGGAUAGAGAGACAUUUUCUCAGUUCCUCUGCCAUGUCUGAGAACCUGUUGUAGACCUCCACAUGCGACAAACCAAAUUUCUGUAACACCGGACCUCUGGGAUACUGUUGGAGAGCCACAGAGACAUUGUACAGUGACGGACUGAUACAUGUUUCCAGUUCAGCUGUGUGCUACAGUGAAGUGUAAGCAAUAGAGACUGUCAUGCCGUAGUUUUGUGUUUAAUAAAGUUGAGACUCUUCCUCCCCUACGGCCACAGGACCGUGUCUGUGACCAGAGCUGCAGUACUAAAACGAGAAGAUGAGGAGAAAUUUGGCUUUGCCUUACUUGCUCUUUUAGUUAUGACUGUGCAGCACCAGCAAUCUGAAGGAGUAGAAUGUAGAUACAGUACAUUUAUGACACUUUAUCUGUGUGAAUGAUUCCAAAAGAUGAGUGAGUGGGAGUAUACACAGCAUCGCUUCCCUUUUGUUCAGGGUGCAUUUUGUUGAUAUGUUACCAUUUUUGCUGUUUCACAUGAGACAGUAUUUCUUUAGUUGAUUCUUAGGGACAAACAAAGGAACAUCUGCAGUGGGUCAAACCUUUUAACUGUUUCUGUGACCUGCUUUGAUUUGUGUGAAACUGAAAACCAGUGUGAGAAUGAAAAUCUGUGGCUUAGAAAAGCACUUCUAUGUAAUGCUGGCUGGAAUAAUUAAAGGUCAGCUCACUGUGCAGCUGCAUGGGAACUGAAGAAUGUGCAGUUCAGUAGAAUCAAUGCAAACGUUAUUUCCAGAAAAGUUUGAAGUUUUCAAACUUCUAAUAGAAAUAAAAGUCUUGUUAUUAUCUUUAAAACCUUCAUUUAAGUCACAAGUACAAAGGGAAUGUUUCUUAACUUCAUUAAUACUGAGGGCCAAAAGGACCACAUUUAGGCAAAAAUAUAUAUUUUUCAAGAUAUGAGAUUGUUUAGAUAAAAAUGCAAUAAAUGAAUUAAAUUCAAUGAAGAACAAAAAGUGACAUUGGCAAAAAGAAGUGUGGCACCUCUUAAAUGUAUACAAAACCAUCAUUGGUUUCAGUGAUCACUGUCUGACCAGGGGCCGCUAGUAGCAGAGGUUUGCCCACCAUGGCUAAGGGGCCACGGUAGGCAAAACGUCACAGGGAAGAGGAUACAGAUAGUUUCCUUUGCACUUGUGGCUGUUUAAUUAAAGACUCAAACAAAUCUAAACAUAUGGUUUUCUCAUAUUUUAUUUCACAAAUUAUGAACUAUUCUGGAAUUGAAAUCUGUGUUUAUAAGAAAAAAACAACUCUGUCCUCCUGUUUUUUACUCAUUCCAAUAGAAUGAUGACUAUAGUUUAGGUUCUGCUUUGAUUAUAAAUUGACAUUCACUAGUAUUUGUAUUCUCUUAGAUUGAUAAUCCAAUAAUUUUGUAGCUACACACUCAGCAAGGUAUUUACAAACACAGAAAAACACCCAGGGUUGUUGAAGACUUCUUUACUAUUAUUUUUUUAUUUUGACACUAAAAUUAAACUGCAACUCAGAACAAGUCUCUGCUCUUUUAUUAAUAAUAGACUGUUUUGUGUAACAUGUAAAAAAGUAUGCUAAUAAGAUUCAGCAGCACUGAAAAUUAAUCGAAGCAUUUGGUCAGAUCAUCAAAAGAACUGUUGUGCAUUGUACCAACAGCAUAGUACAGUGUUGAUUUUCAGGUCACAAUACACCUCAAGUUGUUGUAAAUGUAAUUUCUGGCCAUAUUCCAUUUUAUAUAAAGUUUCUAUUGGGGGCUCAAAAAUAUCAAACCUGGGCAGGUUCUAGCAAAGAUGAUGUCCUAUAAGGAGACAACCAGCUAAUAGAGGCAUUGAGAUGCUUUUACCAUUGUUCUGCUGAAAUUUAGUGGAUCAAGGAAUGUUAGACCUAAACAUAUAAUUUUUCAAAAAACGUAUACAAAUACCCUGUCAAGACAACUAUAUAUUGCUUAAUCACAUGGGCCAUUUAAGCAGGGCCCAUUCCCUGCCACGCCCUUGUUAUAAGAGGUCAUUGCCAGGUAUAAAUAAAGGUCUGUUGUGGUUUGUAGAAGAGGCCACUGUAUUUCUACAAUAACUCAGUAAGUAUAAGACAUAGUCACAAUGCAUUAACCAAAUAUGUUUUAAUAUUUUUUUGCUGCUACUGAGGAAACAUGCUUAAAAGGGGAGACUGACCAUAUUCCAUUUGUGGCUAUAUACAGUUUUACUGUUUCAAAUUAACAGCAUUCAUGCACAUGGCUUAAUUAAUUAACAAAUAAAUCUCCAAAGUAUUUUUCUUGUUCUCGAACAUCUAGUCUAUGAGACUAGCAUAGUGUUGAAGAGCCACCCCAUUCAUGGUUUCUGUUUAGGCAAAAAAACAACUCUAACUCUGCCAACUCCUACCCCCAUUUUGUACCAAUGCAUUGUGAUUUCAUCCCUUCCAUCUUCCAUUUUGUACCUGUGAACAAACCAUUUUGUAUCUAUGUAAUAAACCAUUGCACAUCAGUUUA